CUGCUUCUGAAGCAAUCCUGGGAACAGAGCAGCCCUACGUUUCACAAAAGGUGGGGCUGCUAUCAAGCCACCAAUUUAGAAAUUGUAGACUGAGUGAGACAGAAAGAUUGCUUUUUUUAUUGCUGAUGCGAAAGUAAAGCAUUGACAAAUCAGGGUUCCUUCUGUAACAAAAACUCUUAAUUACCAAUGGGUAAAAAGAAGUGGAGAAGCCGAGGGGAGGUGGAGAGAGGAUGUUCAACAAGGGACGAAGCAGGUGGAAGGGGGGGCAGCCGUGGGCGCUUUGCAGAGUCCUGGAAAAGGUUAAGCACAACAAAGCGAUCUGGACUCAACUCUCAACAGACACCGGCACAGAAAUCCUGGAUCGAGAGAGCAUUUAGCAAGAGAGAAUGUGUUCAUAUCAUAGUGAGCGCAAAAGACCACCAUAGGUGCUGCUGUGGACGUCUCAUAGGUCAACAUGUUGGACUGCCUCCAAGCAUCUCAACCAGUCAGAAUGAGAACAGUGACAAUCAGUCAGAGAAGUGGUCAAUUAGCAAGCACACGCAGCUCAGCCCUACGGAUGCUUUUGGAACCAUUGAAUUCCAAGGAGGGGGGCACUCAAAUAAAGCUAUGUAUGUCCGUGUUUCCUAUGAUACGAAGCCUGAUCUCCUAUUGCAUCUGAUGACAAAAGAGUGGCAGCUAGAUCUUCCCAAACUUCUGAUCUCAGUCCAUGGGGGCCUGCAGAACUUUGAACUCCAGCCAAAACUCAAGCAGGUCUUUGGAAAAGGCUUGAUUAAAGCAGCUAUGACAACAGGGGCUUGGAUCUUCACUGGAGGAGUGAACACAGGAGUGAUUCACCAUGUUGGGGAUGCAUUAAAAGACCAUGCAUCAAAAUCAAGAGGGAAGAUCUGCACCAUCGGCAUCGCUCCUUGGGGUAUAGUGGAAAACCAGGAGGAUCUCAUUGGAAAAGAUGUGGUCAGACCAUACCAGACCAUGUCCAACCCCUUGAGCAAGCUGACCGUGUUAAACAGCAUGCACUCCCACUUCAUACUGGCUGACAAUGGAACGACAGGGAAAUAUGGGGCUGAGGUGAAGCUGCGCAGACAGCUGGAGAAGCACAUCUCACUACAGAAGAUUAACACCAGAAUUGGACAAGGGGUUCCGGUGGUUGCUCUUAUUGUGGAAGGAGGUCCUAACGUCAUCUCCAUUGUGCUGGAGUAUCUGAGAGACACUCCUCCUGUGCCUGUGGUUGUCUGUGAUGGCAGCGGGCGUGCUUCCGACAUCCUUGCGUUCGGGCACAAAUACUCUGAGGAUGGAGGGGUCAUCAACGAGUCUCUGAGGGACCAGCUACUGGUCACAAUCCAGAAGACCUUUAACUACAGCCGUACCCAGGCCCAGCACCUCUUCAUAAUACUGAUGGAGUGCAUGAAGAAGAAAGAGCUGAUCACUGUAUUUAGAAUGGGAUCAGAAGGACAUCAAGACAUUGACUUAGCCAUCCUGACAGCUCUUCUGAAAGGAGCAAAUGCAUCAGCACCAGAUCAGCUGAGCUUAGCCUUGGCAUGGAACAGAGUUGACAUUGCACGGAGUCAGAUCUUUAUUUAUGGACAGCAAUGGCCGGUGGGUUCCUUAGAGCAAUCCAUGCUGGACGCUCUGGUGCUGGACAGAGUGGACUUUGUCAAGCUGCUGAUAGAGAACGGGGUCAGCAUGCAUCGCUUCCUCACCCUCUCCAGACUGGAGGAGCUGUACAACACGAGACACGGUCCAUCAAACACUUUAUACCAUCUAGUCAGAGAUGUCAAAAAGGGGAACCUUCCUCCAGAUUACCGUAUCAGUCUGAUAGACAUUGGCCUUGUGAUCGAGUACUUGAUGGGUGGAGCAUAUCGCUGCAACUACACAAGGAAGAGGUUUAGAACUCUCUAUCACAAUCUCUUUGGGCCCAAGAGGCCAAAAGCUCUAAAACUACUAGGAAUGGAGGAUGACAUGCCUAUGAGAAGAGGCAGGCAGAAGACUACCAGGAAGAGAGAAGAGGAGGUAGACAUUAACUUGGAUGACCCCGAGAUCAACCACUUCCCCUUUCCCUUCCACGAGCUCACAGUGUGGGCUGUGUUGAUGAAGCGGCAAAAGAUGGCCCUAUUCUUCUGGCAGCAUGGUGAGGAGGCCAUGGCCAAGGCCCUGGUGGCAUGCAAGCUGUGCAAAGCCAUGGCGCACGAGGCAUCAGAGAAUGAUAUGGUAGAUGACAUAUCACAGGAGCUGAACUACAAUUCCAGGGAGUUUGGUCAGUUGGCAGUGGAGCUGUUGGACCAGUCCUACAAACAGGAUGAGCAGUUGGCCAUGAAACUGUUAACUUAUGAGCUGAAGAACUGGAGCAAUGCCACCUGUCUCCAGCUGGCUGUGUCAGCCAAGCACAGGGACUUCAUCGCCCACACCUGCAGCCAGAUGCUGCUCACAGAUAUGUGGAUGGGGAGACUGCGCAUGAGGAAAAACUCUGGACUGAAGGUCAUCCUUGGACUGUUGUUGCCACCCUCGAUCCUGAACCUGGAGUUCAAGAACAAGGAUGAAAUGUCAUACGUGCCCCAGGAUCAAGAGGCCUACCUCCAGGAGAAGGAGACAGAGGAGACUGAGAAGCCAGUGAAGGAGAAGGAAGAAGAGGACAUGGAGUUCACAGUAAGAUCAUACUGUGGGACGAAGUACAACUCUGUGGCAAUGCUGGGAAAAGUAAAUAAGGAAUCUUCCCGAAAAAAAGUUGUAGAGGAUGCCCAGAGCAGGCAAAGGCUAAUACCCUUUGGAAGAAAAAUCUAUGAGUUUUACAAUGCGCCCAUUGUCAAGUUUUGUUUUCAUACUAUGGCAUACGUUGGCUACUUGAUGCUGUACAACUACAUUGUUCUUGUGAAGAUGGACUUUUGGCCUUCAUCUCAGGAGUGGAUUGUUAUCGCCUACAUUGUUACACUGGGAAUAGAGAAGAUGAGAGAGAUCCUGAUGUCUGAGCCUGAGAAGCUGUUGCAGAAAGUGAAGGUGUGGCUGCAGGAGUACUGGAACAUCACUGACCUCAUGGCUAUUCUUCUGUUCUCUGUGGGGAUGGUGCUGCGACUACAAGAACCCCCUUUCAUGAGCUAUGGCAGAGUCAUCUACUGUGUCAACAUCAUUUACUGGUACAUUCGACUGUUGGACAUUUUUGGAGUUAAUAAGUAUUUGGGCCCCUAUGUCAUGAUGAUAGGAAAGAUGAUGAUCGAUAUGAUGUAUUUUGUCAUCAUUAUGCUGGUGGUCUUGAUGAGUUUUGGAGUUGCACGGCAAGCAAUUCUCAAUCCCAACGAGGACCCCUCCUGGAUGCUGGCAAGGAAUAUAUUCUACAUGCCCUACUGGAUGAUCUAUGGAGAAGUGUUUGCAGACCAGAUAGACCCUCCAUGUGGACAGAACAUAACUAGUGAGGAUGGUAGUAUAGUGGAGCUGCCUCCUUGUAAAACAGGAGCAUGGAUCGUUCCGGCCAUCAUGGCGUGUUACCUCUUAGUGGCAAAUAUCCUUUUGGUUAACCUUUUAAUAGCUGUGUUCAAUAAUACCUUUUUUGAAGUCAAAUCCAUAUCCAAUCAGGUGUGGAAGUUUCAGAGGUAUCAGCUCAUCAUGACGUUCCACGAAAGGCCUGUUUUGCCACCCCCGCUGAUCAUCCUCAGUCACAUGACAAUGCUAUGCCAACAUCUGUGCUGCCGCUGGAGGAAGCAUGAGGAUCAAGACGAGAGGGAUUAUGGACUGAAACUGUUCAUCACAGGGGACGAACUCAAGAAGGUGCAUGACUUUGAAGAGCUGUGUAUUGAGGAGUACUUCAGAGAAAAGGACGACCGUUUUAACUCUUCAAAUGAUGAAAGAAUCAGAGUCACGUCUGAGAGAGUUGAGAACAUGGCCAUGCGUUUGGAAGAGGUCAAUGAACGUGAACACUUCAUGAAGGCCUCCCUUCAGACGGUGGACACACGGCUCGCUCAGAUGGAGGAGAUAAUUGGGCGCAUGGCAACAGCCCUGGAAAAAGUGGCUGGUGUCGAAAGAGGUGAAAUCAACCAGACAAGGUCUAGAACUUCCUCAGAUUGCACUGAUACUGCCUACAUUAUCAGACAGAGCAGCUUCAACAGCCAAGAAGGGAAUUCCUACAAAAUCCAGGAAACCAUUGAACAAACCGGAGAGGAAUCCAUGUCUCCCACCUCACCCACUAUCAUGCCUCGCUUGAGAAGCCACUCAUUCUAUGCUGUGGGCACUAAAGACAGGAGCCAGGUGGAGAAAAUAGACUGUUUUAAAGAGAGAUCCUUAAGCUUACACAGAGCUAACAGCUCACAGUCAAUAGCUGCUCAGAAAGAACCAAGGCAGAUACCACUGCCUAUAAACACGUUGGCUGUCACCCAUGACUCCAAAAGGCCUUCUUCUUGCAUAGACAUUUAUGUCUCAUCUUCGGAGGAGUCCCACCCUGCACAAGAAGCUGAGGAUCGUGCAAUGAAGGUCCCAAUUAACAGGGACCCAUCUUUGCACUCAGAAAUCAUGGCUGCGGUUUUGGGAAGCCAGAGCUACAGCAUAGUAGCUGACAAAUGCUCUGAAGGGACUGGGAUCUUUGAAGAUAGUGCUGCGAUGGACCUUUCAGUGUGCCUGUCUGGCUCUUCACAUGUCACAGAUAGUCAGCAACAGUGGGACUUAGAUCCGCCCCAACACAUAGAGCGUUCGAAAAGUAGCCGGUACCUUUCUGCAUUUCCACUCUACCUUGAUGACAUGUCAAUGGUGAAAUCCCACAGUUUAAUGUUCACUCCUACCAGAGGGUAUUACGGUGGCAUUAGUGUUCAGAUCAAAGCAGCAGAGUAUACCAGUAUUACUGACUGUAUAGACACCCGGUGUGUCUCUACUUCUCAGAGCUGUGCAGAGCGCUCUGCCUCCCCUGGCGGGUCUUUCUGCGAGAAACCCGAAGAUAUGGGUAUUUCUCACCCAGAGAGGGAAGCAGAGUUAACUCAUCCAGGUUCAGACACUGAGGACACUGAAGGUGACCCCAAGAAAAGGAUUCUCUUGGGCUGCCAGGGAACCUCUGUAACCGGGACCCUGUCCAGGCUGGAGCGAGUAAAUAGCUGCUCAAUAGAAGAUCCACACGGGAUGAACACACACGCAAAGAAAAGCUUUUCUAUCAGUGAUAAACUGGACAGGCAAAGAAACUCCCGAAAUCCCUUCCUGAGGAGCAAGUCAGCAAAGCCAGAAGGGAAGACAGACAGCUUGUCAAUGAGAAAGCUGACAAAGACGUCAGCUUUCCAUAGUUUCGACAGUAGGCAGAAUUUUAUAUAACAAAUUAUACUGAGUGCUUCCUUACAUGCUACUAAGCUCUCCAAUUCUGCACUAUGGGAUGAAAUAAUUUAAUAUCCACCCUUUCCGUGUAUUAGCUUGAUGUGUCAUUAAAUACUUUUUUUUUUUAUCAGUGGUACUAUUAAAGUACGGAUGGGCAAAUUCCCAAUGUAUUUAUUUAUUUAUUUAUUUUUUCAAAUGCAUUAUCUCAAAGGGUAUAAAACUGCUCACAGGGCCAAAAGUAUAAUACCUUCACUUUGAGCCUGUUUGGAAUUGAGAAAUCCCUGGACAGCAGUAUGAUUCCGCUUACUAUUGUUUUUCACUAAGGCAGCAUUUCAGUAAAAAAUAUCCUUGCCCUUUCUGACAUCACCUGAUGCCAAGAUAAUGAUCAAUAUCAUAAUGUCAUCCUGAAUUGAUUUUAUUGUGGCUCACUGUAGGUGGGGAAUCCUUAGCUUGCAGAAGUUGAUCAUUACAGUUCUUGUGAGUGCUUUGCAAAGUUACAAAGUGACGUUACCCAAAGUAGCAUACAAGACACAUGGUUGACUGUACAGUGCAUCCUUAAAGUUAUGAAAUAUCUUAACUAAUCUAUUGUUCUUUUUGUUUUAUGCACUUUUAACAAGCAGUCUGUUCUUCUAUAACACUCUAAGGACUUUAGAGCAAUUUUGUAUUGGUAUUGCUUGAUGUACCUGAUGUACUUUGAAUAUAGACAUGAUUCUAAGAGCUCUAUCAAGGCCACAUGAAUCAAAAAUCAAAAAGCUUGUGAUGACUGGAACAGAAAAUUAUACAAAAUGAAUCUAAGCAAGAAGACCAAUUAGUUAUUUAAAGUAUUAUGAAAUUACUGUUAAUUAAAGAAGAGCAAGUAAUAAAUAUUUUAUUAUUUUAAACCAGACAAAGCACUUUUGUGACCGGACCUCCUACUGUUGUAUUUUUAGCCCCUCCAUAGUGCUUUUAACUGUAUGCAUGAAAGACAUUUGAAUUGUUUUACUGGUAUAUAUGUACAAAUUAAUGUAACUUAUCUGGUACAGAAGUGUUUGAUUUUAUCCAUUUGCCCAUCUUUACUUUAAAACUACAUUGAACACACACAUAUUCAUUUACAACCCCUGUCACAUUCAGGAGUCAUUAACCUACAUUUUUAUAGAGUAACAUAUCUGCUGAAUAUUAUGCAUCUCUGAACCUCUAGAAACAUAAAU